UCAAGAUCCAGCCCGUAUUAUGGCUGGCAGUGGGUCCAGAUCAGGACCAUCCAGUGGGUUUUCCAUGAAAUCACAGCUUCAGAUCACUGUUAUUUCGGCAAAACUCAAAGAAAAAAACAAGUGGUUUGGACCCAGCCCUUAUGUGGAAGUCUCAGUAGAUGGACAGUCAAAGAAGACAGAAAAAUGCAACAAUACAAACAGUCCAAAGUGGAAACAGCAUCUUACAGUAAUUGUCACUCCUGUAAGUAAAUUAAAUUUUCGAGUCUGGAGCCAUCAAACAUUAAAAUCUGAUGUCCUUCUGGGAAGUGCUGCUCUGGAUAUCCAAGAGACUUUGAAAUCAAACAGUAUGAAACUUGAGCAGGUAGUGGUGACAUUGCAUCUUGUUGGUGACAGAGAACCAGCAGAAGUAGUAGGAGAUCUGUCUGUCUGUCUAGAUGGGAUGCAGGUAGAUCCAGAGCUCCUAACCAAUGGUGAUGCCUCAAGUACAAGAAGUCCUACACAGAAUGAUAGCUCCAAAGCAAGGAAUGAUACACGGACAAACUCAAAUGGCCUUGAAAGCUGUGAAGAUGCUUCUCCCAGUGAAAACAAGACUGUUAAUGGCAGUGAUUCUCCAGUACUCACAAAUGGAAGCUGCAAACCUUCUAGACCUCCCAGGCCUGCCAGACCACCGCCACCCACUCCCCGCAGACCCGCUUCACUAGCUGCAAGUGCAAAUGGUCCUUCAACCACAUCCACAGAGAGUGAUGGGGCCAGUGCAGGAUCACUGGCAGGUCCAGCUGCAAAUACGUCUUCCGAGCAGAGCCCUGAGGGGGCAACAGCAGCAACAACAACAGCUCCUGCAACUGCUGCACUCGCCACACCUCCAGUAUCAAGACAAAUCCAGCCAGUAAAUCCUUCACCUCAGGCACUUACUACAGUCAGUCAAGGUCCUCUUCCACCUGGUUGGGAGCAAAGAGUAGACCAACACGGUCGAGUAUACUACGUAGAUCAUGUUGAAAAAAGAACAACGUGGGAUCGCCCAGAGCCUCUUCCUCCAAGCUGGGAGCGACGAGUUGACAACAUGGGGAGAAUUUAUUACGUUGACCACUUCACGAGAACAACAACGUGGCAGAGACCAACGUUAGAGUCUGUCCGGAAUUACGAGCAGUGGCAGCUUCAGCGCAGUCAGCUUCAAGGAGCUAUGCAGCAGUUUAACCAGAGGUUUAUAUACGGGAACCAGGACUUUUCAUCCACACAGAACAAAGAGUUUGAUCCUCUUGGCCCUCUGCCACAUGGAUGGGAAAAGAGAACUGACAGCAAUGGCAGGGUGUAUUUUGUCAAUCACAACACACGGAUCACUCAGUGGGAAGAUCCCAGGAGUCAGGGUCAAUUAAAUGAGAAACCCUUACCAGAGGGCUGGGAAAUGCGAUUUACUGUGGAUGGUAUUCCGUAUUUUGUGGAUCACAAUAGAAGAACCACUACAUAUAUAGAUCCCCGCACCGGCAAGUCUGCUCUAGACAAUGGACCCCAGAUAGCUUAUGUGCGUGAUUUCAAGGCAAAGGUCCAUUAUUUCAGAUUCUGGUGUCAGCAACUGGCAAUGCCACAGCACAUAAAGAUUACAGUGAGCAGAAAAACAUUAUUCGAGGACUCGUUUCAACAGAUAAUGAGCUUCAGCCCUCAGGAUCUACGGAGACGCUUAUGGGUUAUUUUCCCUGGUGAAGAAGGCUUGGAUUAUGGAGGUGUUGCGAGGGAAUGGUUCUUUCUAUUGUCACAUGAAGUUUUGAACCCAAUGUAUUGCCUGUUUGAAUAUGCAGGGAAAGAUAACUACUGCUUACAGAUAAACCCAGCCUCUUACAUUAAUCCAGACCACCUGAAAUACUUCCGAUUUAUUGGAAGAUUCAUUGCCAUGGCUUUGUUCCAUGGGAAAUUCAUUGACACUGGUUUCUCUCUGCCGUUCUAUAAACGUAUCCUAAACAAGCCAGUAGGACUCAAGGAUUUAGAAUCUGUUGACCCAGAGUUUUACAACUCUCUCAUCUGGGUAAAAGAGAAUGAUAUUGAAGAAUGUGGCUUGGAAAUGUUUUUCUCAGUUGAUAAAGAAAUUCUAGGUGAAAUCAAAAGCCAUGAUUUGAAGCCAAAUGGUAGCAACAUUCUGGUCACAGAAGAAAACAAAGAAGAAUACAUUAGGCUAGUAGCAGAAUGGAGACUUUCCCGAGGUGUUGAGGAGCAGACACAGGCUUUCUUUGAAGGCUUCAAUGAAAUUCUGCCACAACAGUAUCUGCAAUAUUUUGAUGCUAAGGAACUGGAGGUGCUUCUGUGUGGAAUGCAAGAAAUUGAUUUGAAUGACUGGCAGAGACACACCAUCUACAGGCACUACACCAGGACCAGCAGGCAGAUAGUGUGGUUCUGGCAGUUUGUGAAAGAAAUAGAUAAUGAGAAGAGAAUGAGACUCUUGCAGUUUGUUACUGGAACGUGCAGAUUACCAGUGGGAGGAUUUGCUGACCUCAUGGGGAGCAAUGGACCCCAGAAAUUUUGUAUUGAAAAAGUUGGCAAAGAAAACUGGUUACCUAGAAGUCAUACCUGUUUCAAUCGCUUAGAUCUUCCACCCUAUAAGAAUUAUGAGCAGUUGAAGGAAAAGCUGUUGUUUGCAAUUGAAGAAACAGAAGGAUUUGGGCAGGAAUAGCUAAAAUUUGCACCUUGAAGAAUGUGAACUCAACACAAUGUCUGGUC